UUGACCAACAUGGAGGCUUAUGGCUGAAUCAGUGAACUGUGUUGUUUUAUUACAGUGAAAUCGGUUUCUCCCAUAGAAAUGUGUUGAACUGAACUGAUGUUUGAUUUUCAGUGACAAACUUUUAAUCAGUUUUAUAUUCUUUUUUUUAACUUAACGAAGCCGAGUAGACUAUCUUCUGCUGUAAAUAGCAUGGCUUCUCACACGAUAACGGAGACGGUGGCUGUUGAGCCAACCUACCACAUGAAGAUGGCCCCUCAACCGCCUCCUCAGGCUAGGGGAACCAAUACCCUUCGGUUGAGGCACCUCAAAUUAGAUCCUUCAAGAGCUUUAGAGCCAGCACGAAAGAAACUCACAACAAUAGAGUCACAAAGAAUUAUGGCAGUAUUCGAAGAAUCAAUCAAAAGAGCUGAAAUAGUGACUGCAUUGCCAUACAUUUUGGAGAACAUUGACAGGUUCAAAGUAUCUCUGGGAACUGAACUAGUUGAUGCUAUAAAGCAGCACAGUAGGAUACAGUUUACCUACAGGGACAUAAGGGCCCAACUUGAUGAACUGCUGCAGAGGAGAGAAAGACAGCUGGCCCAAGCAGCUUCCCGGGCCUCUUCUUUAAAACCCGGAGAAGCUGGGGAUGAAGAGGGAGAAGGACUGGAGGAUCAGUUUGGUGAAGAUGGGGGAGAGGUAGGAGAUGGUGAAGAAGAAGACAGAUUUGAAAAAGAACAGGAAGAUGAUGGUCAAAAUGAAGCAGAGAGCAUUUCCAAGUCAGAAGCCAGUUCUGGUCAAAAGGCCUCAUCUCCUGUGAAUGAACAAGGAUCCACUGAGAUUUUGCAAGGUUCAUCCAAAGAAAAUGUCUCAGACAACAUUGAGCAAAUGAUGGGUGAUCGUCCCAAGUCUUCUUAUUCUGACAUUGACCCCAGGAUAGAGGAGGUCAUGAGGAACCUAGGACUUGUUGCACAACAGGUGAGCCAUUCAUGCAAGAACAUCCUGCGACUUUUUGCCUUGAAUCCAGCCGCAACUAAAAUUGUCACCAGUGAGGCACACAUCAGAGAUGAAGGCGGUCAAAACAUUGUGAACAGCAUGUAUGAGCUCAGAGACAUCUUGAUGCACAAACUGCUGACCACACCUCAGGAAGAGACAGAGAGAAUGGCCUACCUAGAAGAGAUCUCCAAGCGUGAGCGGCACAAUGCUGCUAUCAUUGGCAGGCAAGAGCAAGAUCUGAAAGAAGCUCUUGAUGACAAAGAGGAAGAGAUUCGUAAGAAAAACGAAAUCAUUAAAAGACUUCAGACAGAUCUACACCAGAUUGAGAAAUUCUCAGAUGAGAACAUUCGGCGCACACGAGCUGAAGCGGAGAAACAAGAAAUUGCAGACUCGAAGAACAGUGACCAAAAGACCCAGAAACUUCAGGCUGAGAUCAACCAGCUGCAGACUCAGCUGAACAAUGCAGUGACAGAACAUAGGGAGAAGGAGGCUGAGCUUCGUGCUAAAAAGUACAAGGUUGAAAAUGAGGUGGACAACUGGAUUCAGAAAUAUGACCAGGAUAUGGGAGAGCGACAGGAUGAGUACGAGGAGAUUGACCUGGUGUACACAGAGGAGAAGAAGCAGCUGUUUGAGCUGGAGGAAAGAUUUGCCACGCUGGAGAAGGAGUACACCGCCAUCAUGGAGGAGAGGCGGGUAGCUCGCGACAAGCGGGAGCGUGCCCAGAGAGAGCUGGCCCUACUGGUCAAGUCGGCCACCACCAUCCAGGCCUUCUGGCGCUCUUACAAAGUGCGGAAAGCUCUCAAGUCCAAGAACAAGAAGAAGGGAGGAAAGGGGAAGAAGAAGUAACUUGGGGCAAACGUGGGUUGAUGAUUACGUGUCUGAGUUACUGUUUGGGGCUGACAUUGCUGCUUUCAGACUGCGGCAGUGGAAAACAACAACUUAUCUGUCUCUCUUCCCAGCCCUCCGCGUGUCUAGCUCCUUUCUGAGUUUAGCAUCUGCUUGGAGAAUGCUUGAGCAACCCCAUGAAACUUUUGUACUGUAAAAGUUUAUUUCAUUUCUAAGAUGGGAAGAUUGAAGGUUGAUGGUCCUAACUAAUUUUUUGUUUUUAAAAGGCCCAUUCAAAUGGUCACAUAUAUAUCAUUGUUUAGUUUCUCUCACUCUGUAUGUUCUCAUUUCCUUUCAUUUGUAUGCUAUGCUGUGGAAAACAAAACUGUUUACUCUUAAUUUUAGCAAUUUAGGGGAUAAAGUUUUCUGUACGAGGCACACAGGGUUAAUUUUUUUUUAAUGUUUAAUGUUUUCUUUCUUUUGUCAGAAACCUAUUCAAGCUGUGUGUGCCACUGCCUUGUUGUUUAAUGAACACAGUUGCCUCAAUACUUUUCAAAAGCAUAGGACUGUGUUAAUCUUUGUUUGUGCCAAGCAUUUAUGGCAUGUCGUUACUCGAGUUUCUCCCUGAAUAGUUGGUUGAUUUGUUAUGGUUUGCACUAUGCCACUAUUGUAGGCUGUUGUGAUACUUUAGUAUUUUGACUGCAGUAAAGAUCCCUUGUGCUUCCAUCAAUCCAUGCAGUUCACUCUAAAAAUGAUAGUGUCAAGCUUGAUGGUGUUUGUAGUUGCUGUAAAAUGCAACACAGUUAGGUUUCUUUUUUCAACCACCUUUUUUCAUUCUCAUCCUCAAAUCCCCAGGGAGCCAUUCUAGAGUUAUUUCUUCUUCUGGCUCAGUGCUAUCAGAGAUGGAACAUGAAUCAGAUGUCCUGUGUCUUAAGUAACUUUACUGCAUUCAAAGAGGCAUUAAACAGAUGCCUUUGUUCCGUUUUUUAAACAAUAAUUAAAUACAUGUAUUAAACUAACUCUAUCUUUCACCUGCUUUCAUGCAGUUUUACUAAAGAAUUCACAUUUUCAGGAAGCUUCACAGUGAGUUUCACAUUUUUAUCUUUUUUUUUUAAUCAUAGUAUUCCGUCCAAUUGGUACAUACCAAAAUAUUUUAAAGUUGUUUUAUAGCCUGUAAUUUUGUGUUUUAGCGUACAAUGUUGUGGUCUAUAUAGAAAUGGUUUAGAAACAAUGUAUACAUUACAGAGUGGCUUUUGUUUCACAAAGCGUUGUUUUGAGCAUCUACCAGGAGGUCAGUUAAAGACAAAGGGUGUUUUUGUAAAGACAAAAGAGGAAGGAGAAUUUGUUUGGGCAAGAUUUUAAUGCAACAUUUACUCAUACAGUUGAAGAAUAAAGACGUACUUUUUUCAUGAGGU